UCUGCACACUUCAUGCAACAAUCUCAAAAGCUAAAAAUGAAGCUCGAGGUUGUUCUAAUUUUCCUUUUGUCAGCCAUAUGUGCAACUUCAUUUGGUAGUUGUCAUGGUAAAGGUUGUGGAUAUGGUGGAACUAGGGGAGGAUAUGGUGGAUAUGGUGGAAAUAGGGGAGGAUAUGGUGGAUAUGGUGGAAGUAGGGGAGGAUAUGGUGGACAUGGCGGAUACGGUGGACAUGGCAGCUAUGGUUUAGAAUAUGUUGGAUAUGGUGGACAUGGUGGAAAUAGGGGAGGAUAUGGUGGAUAUGGUGGAAAAAGGGGAGGAUAUGGCGGAUAUGGUGGAAAUAGUGGAGGAUAUGGUGGAUAUGGUGGAAAAAGGGGAGGAUAUGGCGGAUAAGGUGGAAAUAGGGGAGGAUACGGUGGACAUGGCAGCUAUGGUUUAGAAUAUGUUGGAUAUGGUGGACAUGGCGUGCAUGGUGGAAAGACAGGUGCUUACUAAUAAAAAUUAAAGAUAUAAAGAUCAUCUUUUCUCGAAAUGGUAAAACGGACAUGAAAUUAAAUCAUAAUCCACAUAUAUAUUUCUGUAGAUAUACUGCAAUAAAGAUAUAG